UUCCUUUAUGGAGAGCUACUAAAGGCAAAGAGAGAGGUCAAAGAGGCCUUUGGCAAUGUUGAGUCUCGAUUCAAAGAUGUUAUGGCUGUUAUUGAGAAGAAGAUGAAUGGAAGACUUGAUUCUCCAUUGCAUUUGACAGCUUUUUUGCUGAAUCCACACUAUAGCUAUGCUAACCCAUCAAUCUUUGAUGAGCCCAAAAUGAAUGAAGCCUUCAUAUCUUGUGUUGAGCAAUUUUAUUAUCAUGAUGAGGAGAAACAAGAACAGGCUGCCAACUUUGAAUUGAAAAAAUUUCAGAAUAGAGAAGGACCAUUUAGCAAGAAACUUGCAAGAACUUUUCAAAACUAUGAUUACAAUCCAGGUAGAGCAUCAUGGUGGCGGUUAUAUGGAACUGAAACACCAGCUUUACAGAAGAUGGCUACAAGGAUAUUAUCUUUGACAUCAAGCUCUUCUGGUUGUGAAAGAAAUUGGAGUGGGUUUGAAGGGAUACACACUAAGAAGAGAAAUAGGCUGACUACAACCCGCCUCAACAAGUUGGUCUAUAUUUAGUUCAACAACAGGCUGAUGAAUAAGAGAGAAAAGAUUAAGUCAAAGAAAAUCACUGAUGUUCUCUUGUCUAGUGAUACAACUGAAGCUCAAGGUUUUCUCCAAGAGGGUGGAGAUGAUUGUGCAUUAGUUGACUUUAGAGAUGGGGAGGAAGAUGAGAUGGAAGGCACAAGGAUACCUUGGUCUGUCAUUGGAGAGGCAGUGGGAGCAGAUGAACAGCUUGAGCUGCGUAGAAGUGCAAGAGUGAGGGAGCUCUAUGCAGAAGAAGAAUUUGAGUCUGAAGAAGAAGAGUAUGAAGAUGAAGAUCUGUGCUACAGUGAAGAUGAAAUAUGAUUUGGACCAUCUCCAUCUAGUAGUGAAGCCUUUUGUGAUGCCCUAGUCUUAUGAA